AUGGUUUCUGAUUAUGUGUUUGGUUUUCAGUUCUCUGUUGAUGAUGCUUUUAUCUAUCAGUUUUCGUUGACGCAUGUGGAUGAGGUCAUUGAUGAGCUUCUCAUGAAAGAUUAUUCCUAUGAUAUUGCUAUGCUGCGUAACAAGAGAAGGUGGAGAAGUGCACUUGAAGAAGAUUUUGAGGAGGAAGAGGAGAAAGAGGAUAAUGACCAGCCUGUUGAUGAGGUUGAAGAUAAGGCAUAUGAGAAGGAAUAUUAUAGUGGGCGAAGCCCUACAAGGGAAAGAGAUAGGGAUAGAAGACGUGAUAGUCAUAGACACAUAUAUGCGAUUAAGGGAGAAACGGAACAAGGAAUAUUUGAGCAAGUUUUGAAAGGAGAGCUUGACUUUGUUUCUGACCCAUGGCCAAAUAUAUCUAAAAGUGGAAAGGACCUUGUUCGAAGAAUGCUUAUAAGAGACCCUAAGAAGCGGAUGACGGCACAUGAAGUUCUUUGUGAGUAUGCAUGUCUCAGUCUCAUUGAUGCUACAUGCUUAUGUUCCCAGAUUGAGGGUCUUAUUAGCCGGUUCUAUUGGGGUGGCGAUGUCAAUAAGCACACGGUCCAUUGGCUCAAGUGGGACACCAUAUGUCGUCCCAAGGGUCGUGGUGGUUUAGGUAUCCGAGAUUUUAAGGCUUUCAACGUAGCCUUGGUGGCCAAGAAUUGGUGGCGAAUAGUGACCAAGCCGGAUACUAUGUUGACCAAGGUGUAUAAAGCGGUGUACUUUACUCAUCAAUCAAUUUUUGUGGCAAAGAAGGGGUAUAGACCGAGCUACGCAUGGUCUAGUUUAUUGAAAUCAUCUUGGUUGUUUCAUGAGGAAGGAAUGUGGCGAGUGGGUGAUGACAAGAACAUUAAGGCUUGGGAUGAUAAAUGGGUCCCCACUUCUUGUCCCGUGGUGGUUCGUUAUGAUGUGGCCUUGGAGUUGAACGUCACUCAUGUGUCGGAUAUCCUUGAAGAGAACGGACUUCGAUGGAACCGUGAAUUGGUGGAACAUUUGUGCUGGCCUCCUACGGCUACAACUAUAUUAUCUAUCCCCUUGUCUUUGCAAGCACGGGAAGUUUGUUUCUUUUGGCCCGAGACUAGUAAUGGCAGCUAUAGUGUGAAAACUAGGUAUAAUUUCAUCAGGAAAAAGCAUAUGGAAGAUGAAGCUUCAUCUUCAACAGCGUCCACCCUAUCUCAUGCGCAUUGGACCAAGCUGUGGAAGGCUGAUGAUGUGCCUCGUUGUCGUGAGACUGUCUGGCGUGCUAGCCUUGGAGUAUUGCCGGUGAAGGACGUGCUUUACCGUCGGGGUGUGGUGGAAGAGCCUUGCUGCCCACGCUGUCCAGGAGUUCUAGAGACCGUUGAGCACGUCUUGUUCUAUUGUCCGUUUGCAAAGCGGGUCUUAUUUGCCUCCCCUUUGGCUAUUCGUGUGGACGUCGAGUGCUCUGUGCAGCAGUUCAUGUCUCGGUUUCUUGCUGCUGCGGGAAUUCUCUUUACGCUGCUCUAUGCUCUUUGGCAGGUUCGAAACGAGCUGGUGUAUAACAAGCGGGACACGUCCGUAGCCCAGAUCCUGCCGCAAGCAGCAGCGCUCCGUCCGUCCCUUGUACUUCAGCAAGACGCUUCUCCGGUUGGUCGCGAGUUGCAGUCUUCUUGGCGGGCACUAGCUGCUGGUAUUUUUAAGAUAAACUUUGAUGCUUCUGUGCAAGCUUCUCAUGAUGCAGGUCUCGGUUUGAUUGUCCGCAACAGUCGUGGCGAAGUUUUGGCAGCGGAAACCAUGGUGACUAGUCCAGUUCUGAAUCCGGUGCUAACGGAGGCUUUGGCGUUCCGGUGGGCUCUUGGUUUGGCGGCUGAACUUGGUUUCCAGAGGGUAUGGUUCGAGUCUGAUUGUCUGGCUCUUGUUCAGACUUUUGUGCGUUGUACUGUUAAUUGUGUCGCUGACGCGAUGGCUCGUUUAGCUUUUCAGUUGGGUUGUAUGGUUUGGAUUGAAGAGGCUCCUUUUGAGAUUUCCUCUAUCAUCCAGGAUGAUGUUUUAGCCUCUAUGGUUUCUUCUUAA